AUGAUUCCAAACCAGGUAGUCGACGAUGUUCAACCAACUAUCAAACUUAUAUUCCCACCAACAAUUGAUCCACGUGAUUUAAUUACCUUAUACCCAGAUGGUCGUGAACCAUCUAGAGCUCCUAACGCUUUUAUCAUCUAUCGAAAAUUAUUCAUCAAAACAACAAAAGAUGAGGGAUACUCUCUUCCAAUGACCAUUAUUUCUUCGAUGGCAUCAAAAUCCUGGGAGAAAGAACCCGAAGUGGUUAAAAAAGAAUAUAAAAGGAUUGCAAGGGAGGCAUUCUUAUAUCGAAGCAAUAUUUGUCCUAAACCUAAACGCGAAGGAAAAAGGAAGCAAUGGAAUAUCAUUUCGUUUACUCAACCUAGCAAUAGACAAAGAAAAACAAAGUCCCCCAAAUCGGUCGCGGCCUUAGAAUCUCAACAACUAUCACUCACUUCAAUCUCAUUCUUAACUUCCGAAAGUUGA